GCGAUGGUACACAAGCAUAGCACGGUCAGCGAAGCCUACUCAGUCUUGGGGGUCGAACAGGGUUCAUCUCUAGAAGUUGUCAAGAGCACAUACAGACAACUCGCGCUACGAACUCAUCCGGAUAAGAAUCCUGGGAAUGAAGACGCUACAGCCCAAUUCCAGCGCCUGAGUGAAGCAUACAAUGUCUUGCUCAAGCACCUGGACCGAACUUCUGCGCCUCCCCGCUCAGAUUUCGGCCAUUCUCAUUCCUUCGGUGGCUCUAGCGCUUUCGGUCCCUUUGGACAUUUCGACGACGAUUACGAUGACGAGGAUGAUUAUUACGAGGACUCCGAAGAAUACGAAUCGGACUACGAGGAAGAUCUGAUGUUCUACAUGUUCCUAUUCGAAGAAUUGCUGAGGGGCCGGUCAAGUCGUUAUGCGAAUUCGAGGCGGGGUCGUCCCGGAUACUAUCCGAGUGGUCCCCCAGAGACUAAUGCGCAGUACGAGGCACGGAUGCGUGCUACUCGAGAGGAGCAGCGGGCGGCGGAGGAACGGAGGAAGCAGCAGGAAGCCGCACGGAAAUUAGCUAAGGAAAGGGAGCGUGAAAGAGAGAAGCUCGAGGCCGAGCGUCGGCAGCGGGAGAAGGCCGAAAGUAAGAAAGCACAGGCCGAGGCAUCUCGCAAGUCUGCCGCCCAAGCCGUUCGAGCUCAGCAGGAACGGAGGCAACAGCUUCGUUCUGCAACAUUUGCUGCUGCCAGGAAUGGAAAUACUGAUAAGGUCAAGAAGGGCGUCUGGGAGGAUAACGUGGACGCCGCUGGAGGGGAGGUAUUACUUAGUUGUGGAGACUUUGUGAAGUUGAAACCCUUGGAUCCCAAGGAAACCCUCAUGCAUAUCGCUGCCCGGAAUGGUGAUCGCGAGUUGGUGGAGUGGCUCGAUACGCACAGUGCCGAUCCUGAGGAGCGCAACUCCGAAGGAUUCACUGCGUUCCAUUUAGCUCUUCGUCAAGGCGAUGUCGCCAUUCUGAGGUAUUUCAUCGAGACCUAUGCUCCUGAGGAGGAAGAGUCCAAGGCGAUCUAUGAGCCGCCUGAAACCCACAGUCUACUUCGCUGUGUCAUUGAAGCUCGCAAGCCGGAAGCGGUCUGGCUUGUCUUGGAUAAAGGCUUGUGCUCUCAACAAGAAAUAGGCGAUAUCUGGUCGUGGCUUUCUUCGGCUGAGGGUAUGCAGGCGAUGACAAAAUGCGAUCGCGACACCAAACGGAGCCUAGCUGUUUACGAAGAAAUCCGCAACAUAGUGAUGACUUACGGCGGUUUCACCCCUCCGCCGACACCUACCUGUGGCUCUCAACAAUCUUCAUGGGACCACAAAGAUUAUCGGACAAAGUUGAGCCCUUCCACUAGCAGUACCUCUGGCAAAUCUCAGAAAGCUGCGUUACCACGGGAGUCGGAUGCGGCCUCGGGACCCGGAGGUCCUGGAUCUGGCCGUCCAUAUUAUAAACGAGGAUCCGUGAAGCGUCCCGCCAACUCACGCCCUCCGGCCACAUCUCAUGAGUCCCCGCAGGGGUCAUCUGUCGGCCAUUCUGCCGCUACAGACGCACCUCGACCGGAUGGUAGAGGUCGGGGGCGGGGACGUGGACGUGGACGGGGUCGCGGACGGGGCAUUGGCCGCGGAUUUACUAGAGGUGCAUCAUCUCCUGUCGCGACUUGAUCACUCUAUCGCAGACGACGCUAUUUUUCCUUGGUCAAGCAUGUCUCCUGAAAGAACGUCAGCUUUAUCGCACUUGUAUGUUCAUUCAAAUUCAUUCUCAUGUGUAUGCUCUCCCAUAAUUACUGUAAAUAAUUUCCUUAGUAGCCCGGUCUCACUGCCCCAAGUAGUACACGUUCAGUAGCAUAGAGUCGCAAUGUCUUCUCAUCUUAUUCGCCCAAUCGUAUGUGCAUGUGCU